GAGAGUUAAACCCUCGUCGUUCUCCUCCUCUCUGCGAAAUUUGAUCUCUCGAUUCCAAUCAAUGGCGCCUGAAAGAAUCGGGUCCGGCAUAUUCGGUGGUAGAGAUUCGAACAUACUAGCGAAGAUUUCAAACUCCGAGAUCGUCUCUCAGGGAAGACGCGCCGCUUACGACGCCGUCUACUUGUCGAAGAAGCUGUUAAGAAGUACCGCGAAAGCGGCGUGGUUCGCCGGCACGACUUUUCUCAUUCUCGUCGUCCCUUUGAGCAUCCAGAUGGAGCGAGAUCAGUUAUUAGGCGAGAUACAGUGUCAGCAAGCCAGCCUCCUCGGCCUCUCACCGGCCGGUGCUCUAUAGUAACUGUAGAAACCCUAAUCCGUAAAUGAUAUCUUCUUUCAAUUUGGGAUUUUCAUGCUUGUUUCUGCUAUUCGAUUAGUUCCUUGCGGUUUUUGGAUUCAUGUAAAAGUGGGUUUGAUCAUAAUGAUAAAUCGAGCUCGUAGUGAAUUUGCUAUAAAGAAUUGAGCUUGUUUAUGCAUCUUCUUCAAA